AUGAAGCCAGCAGUGGUUCUGCUGGGCUUCAUCCUGCUGCUGGACGUUAUCUUUGCUGCAGAGGAGUCCUGUGUGGGUCGCUGUGGCGCCUUUGAACCACAGAGGAAAUGUCAGUGUGACUCCAUGUGUGUUUAUUACGGGAGCUGCUGUGGGGACUUUGACACCAUCUGCCCUAAAAAAACUGCUCGUGGUGACACCUUCGGGGAAGCCCAAGGUUCAACACAGGCACCGACAACUUAUGAACCGACUUACAACACAAUUGCAGUAACCACCACAGCCCCCCCUCCACCCACCACCAUACAUGGUCCCACACCACCUGUAGACCGUGACGCAGCACCCUGCAGCGGUCGGCCUUUUGAUGCUUUCCUGCAGCUGAAGAAUGGAUCAGUCUAUGCAUUCAGAGGCCAAUAUUUUUUUGAGCUGGAUGACAAAGCCGUACUUCCUGGUUACCCCAAACUCAUUGAGGAUGUGUGGGGAAUCUCUGGCCCCAUCGACGCUGCAUUCACACGCAUCAACUGCCAGGGAAAAGCCUACAUCUUUAAGGGGAACAAGUACUGGAGGUUUGAGGGCGAUGUCUUGGAUGAGAACUAUCCGCGGGACAUUUCAGUCGGCUUUGAUGGCAUACCAGACGACAUUAAUGCUGCAUUUGCUGUACCAGCACCAAGCCACCUGGGCAAAGAGAAAGUUUACUUUUUUAAAGGGGACAAUUAUUACCAGUAUGAGUUCAAGCACCAGCCUUCCCAUGAGGAAUGUGUCCGCAUGAGCAGAUCCUCACCGUCUGUGCUGUUCACACGAUACACAGACCUCUUCUGUGAUCAGACAUGGGAGGAUUUCUUCACAGAACUCUUUGGAGACUCCUACAGCAGUGACCACACAGGUGCUCGUUUGACCAGCAGGGACUGGGUGGGCAUCAGGCCCCCUGUAGAUGCGGCCAUGGUGGGACGAGUCUACAUCAGUCCCAAGCCCACGCAACCAACUCCUCUGCAAGCGAAGAGUCGGAGAAUUCGGAGGCGAAAGAGGCCCAGCAAGAAGCGUGGACAGAAGGGAAGGAACAAACGCUUUUUGUUGUUUGAUUUGUGGGGUUAUGAUGAUUUGUUUGACUACGGUGACUACGGUGACUACAGCGACUACAGCGAUGCGACUGUCGAGACCACCACACCGGAGUACAAGAGAACUCCUGUUCAAAAUGUGUACUUUUUCAAGAGAGAUAAAUACUACAGAGUGGAUUUGCAGACGAAACGCGUGGACUCUGCCAAACCUGCUUACCCACGAUCCAUUGCGAAGUACUGGCUUGGCUGCGAGCACGAAGAGACACCUGAUGCAUCACAAGCAGAGAAAAGAUAGACAACCUCUGUGAGUCGGCGGUUCUGAGUAAACGCAGAUAAAUUUUGCUCACCUCUUUAUGACGAGUCUUUAAGUAAUUAGAAUAUGAACUUAUAAUACAACUAGUUCCUGGUGUUUUUGUUGUUAAAGCAUUCAACACAUGAUUAAUACCAAGCAUGUCUUCUGUAUAUUUAGGUUAUUAGGCUGAAAUUCCGCAUGAUUUAAUAAUAAUAAACUUGACAUUUCA